AUGAGCGGGAGAAGCUUGCAUCGCGCCUUGAGCGGCGGCUGUCAUUGCGGGCGCAACAGUUACAUCAUCGAUGUCCCUCACAGCACCACCGAGAGGGCGCAGGUGCUCUUCCACACGGAUUCUAUGCACAGAGUCCCUCUGGCAACCCCACUGGCCGCCAUGCUACGCGUGCCGCUGUCGUGGUAUCGCAGCUCGACUCACGCCUUGUUCCCGGACGAAAAGUACUCGACGAUCCGUCGCGUCUUUGAAGGAUCGCCCAACCACUCGUCGAAGCGGCACUUCUGCGGAUUCUGCGGCACGCCUCUGUCCUACUGGACUGAACAGCCCCAGACCGAGGCCGGCUACAUCCAUCUGACACUGGCCAGCCUCCGAGGCGAGGAUCUGAGAGAUCUGGAAGACCUAGGCCUAAUCCCCGGGUUCGAAGAGGCGGAACAGCAGCCCGCAGUCCCGACAACAACCACGGUAAUUGGAAGGGAAACCCGCGGCGUCCCAUGGUUUGAGAGUUUGAUCGAGGGGACCCGUUUGGGUAGCAUGAGUCGCAGCCAAGUCGUUGAUCACGGCAACGACGGGAAGAUCAGGGUCGAGUGGGAGAUUGUGGAGUGGACCGACUCAGACGAUGCCAACAACGUGGCCCCAACGGCCGAAGAUGUUGGCAUGACGACUAGCCUUCCCGGAAAACGCAAGAUGGGAGACCGAGAUGAUGCGGCUGGCGACGCCAUGCAGUAA